UUGCGGGGCACGGGUAUGGAGACGUGGUCGGUUGACGAGGUCUGCAGCUGGCUGCUGGAGGAGAACCUGGGCGAGCUCGUUCGGAGGUUUCAAGAGGAAGAAGUGAGUGGGGCCGCUCUUCUAGCGCUUAAUGACUGCAUGGUUCAGCAACUGGUAAAGAAAAUUGGGUACCAGUCUGUUCUGAUGGAUUUAAUUAAAAAACAUAAGCAGAAGAGUCAAAGAGUGUGGCCCCCCGGGAGCCCCAGAGACACAGCUCCCGUUGAGCAGCCCCUAACCCAACUCUUCUUUCUUGGUGACAGGGAUGGGCAGGCCCCCCGUCCGGCUGGCUGUGGGAGGCAGACGCCGCCUUUAUAUCCAGCUGCAAACCUGGAUCACGGACCAAUUGACCGCAAAGUCCUGAAACAGAGAAGGAAUGUGAAACAUGUUCUAGCAAGGAAUAAAGCAUUGCAGUGGACUAAGUCUUACGUUUUGCCAGAGUUUCCCUAUAAUGUCAAAUGCAUGUUAACAGAACACAAAUGUCCCGAUCACAGCUUGAGGAUAAGGAUCAUUGAGUUUCUCCAAGCCGACAUGACUAAGUAUCUGGAAGGCUCACUGUAUCCCAGCACCCAGCAGUACAAUGAUGUGGUCAACGCGCUGCUGCAGGCCUACCCCUUCCUGGACGAGGACAGCUGUGGCUUUUUUUUAUGGAAACGAGCUCUCAAAGAUCGCUUUAAAUAUGUUCGGAGACCCAUAGAAGAUGAUGAACAAGUGAUGAGAAAUAAGUGUAAAUUUGGACACCGAAGAGGCCAGAAAUCUCGUACCGAUACAAGCUUUGAUAAGGUUAAAAUUGUCCGGAUAAAAGAAGAAACUGUUUGUUUAGAUUCUGAGGCAGAUGAACAUAUUAACUGGUUCCAGCAAGAAUAUAUGAAAACAGAAAAGGACUGGAGAGAAAUUGAUAAGAGGAGGAGUCAGACUUUGGAAAUAAGAAGAAAGUUGAUUGGCAGCAGAGCACCUCUCAAGGACAUCCUUAAGAUGUUUCCUUUCCUGAAGUGCCCUUAUCAGAUGUUCAGAGAAUUCCAACUUCUUACAAGAACAGAUAUUUAUAAAAAAACAAAGCACAUUUUGGAAUCCUAUUCAGAAAAGAUACUGACUUCUUUUUCAGUGGUGGACAAUCCAAUCAGUAUUGCAUUGCAAGAAAAAAUGAAACAGCACACAGAUGAAGACAUGUUGAAACAUAUGAAGAUGACAGCCACAUGUUUGCUCCUACCAGAUGUCUUUGGGGAUGAUCCCAGCCUGUUUGUCAUUGUGAAUGAGAAGGUGCAAGUUUCCACACCCGUGUUAGAAGUCAAAAAUCCUUUCAACAUUGAUGUCUGUGAAUUUUCUUUGUAUUUAGAAAAAGAGAAGCUCACAAAGGUAGACGACUGUGUUACAGCCUUGGCUGCACUCAUAGCUGCCUUCCAUGUAUUUGGAGUUGAGUGUCCGAGAAGACUGUCCCAAACUCUCAACUUCCUAGAGACACUUAUUUUUGAUAUCCAUCGUCCCUACUUUCCUUCUACGAAAGAAAAGAUAAAGGCAAUAGGAUUUCAACAUCCAGUUACGUAAUGGCAUGCCAAAUAUUGAAUCAGAAUUGAUCUCUAGGACAGCUAAAAUUUUAUUGAAAAAAUUGUUUUGACUUAGCAUUGUCAUAGAAGGUAGUUGUUAGAAAAUUGUCUCCAAGAUGCAAAUGAAUCUCGUACCUUCUAUCUUUAUGAUUAGAUACUGAAAAUUCUUUGUGGAAUCCUGUAAUAAAAUACUAUG